UGUCAGUAUAAAUAUCUGACACAAUCAAUAAGAUACUUCAUAGUCCCAGUUCUGAUUAUUUUUCCUAAAUAUGGUAAGCUUAAAUAACUUACAGCAACAGAUUUUCUUUAACUCCCAGUACAUUUCUUUCAGAUUUUUCCAGCAGUAAAAGUUAUCAAGAAGGAACUGAAAAGAACAGAAAUACAGUAAGCAAGACUAUGAAGAAAUCAUUCAAUACAAGAACCAAAAAUUCCAACUCUAAAAACUCAAGAAAUCUUUUACAAUCGAAUAUGUCUACAGAUAAAAUAGUAAAGAGAAAAUCAAAGCUUUUCCCCUGUACUGAAUGUGAAAAAUGUUAUAACAAUCACUCAAGUCUUGUUGUGCACAUGAGAACUCACACAGGGGAGAAACCGUUCUCAUGUACGGAAUGUGGAAAAUGUUUUAUCUGUAAAUCACAUCUUGUUAGACACAAGAGAACUCACACAGGAGAGAAACCGUUCUCAUGUAUGGAAUGUGGAAAAUGUUUUAUCUUUAAAUCUCAACUUGUUGUGCACAAGAGAACUCACACAGGAGAGAAACCGUUCUCAUGUAUGGAAUGUGGAAAAUGUUUUAUCUAUAAAUCUCAACUUGUUGUGCACAUGAGAACUCACACAGGAGAGAAACUGUUCUCAUGUUCAGAAUGUGAAAAAUAUUUUGUCUGUAACUCCGUUCUUGUUAUCCAUCAGAGAAUUCACACAGGAGAGAAACCAUUCUCAUGUUCAGAAUGUGGGAAAUGUUUUAGCAGUCGCUCAACUCUUGUUUUGCACAAGAGAACUCACACAGGAGAGAAACCGUUCUCAUGUACGGAAUGUGGAAAAUGUUUUUUCUGUAAGUCACAUCUUGUUGAGCACAAGAGAAUUCACACAGGAGAGAAACCGUUCUCAUGUACGGAAUGUGGAAAAUGUUUUGGCAGUAAAUCAAGUCUUGUUGAACACCAGAGAAUUCACACAGGAGAGAAACCUUUCUCAUGUUCAGAAUGUGGGAAAUGUUUUGGCAGUAAAUCAAGUCUUGUUGAACACCAGAGAAUUCACACAGGAGAGAAACCUUUCUCAUGUUCAGAAUGUGGGAAAUGUUUAAGCAGUAAAUCAAGUCUUGUUGAACACCAGAGAAUUCACACAGGAGAGAAACCUUUCUCGUGUUCAGAAUGUGGGAAAUGUUUUGUUAGUAAAUCAGAUCUUAACAAACACCAGAGAACUCACACAGGAGAGAAACCGUUCUCAUGUACGGAAUGUGGAAAAUGUUUUAUCCGUAAAUCACAACUUGUAAGCCACACCAUAACUCACACAGGAGAGAAACCGUUCUCAUGUUCUGACUGUGGGAAAUGUUUUGUUAGUAAAUCAGAGUUUAACAAACAUCAGAGAACUCACACAGGAGAGAAGCCUUUCUCGUGUUCAGAAUGUGGGAAAUGUUUAAGCAGUAAAUCAAGUCUUGUAGAACAUCAGAGAAGUCACACAGGAAAGAAACCUUUCUCGUGUUCAGAAUGUGGGAAAUGUUUUGUUAGUAAAUCAGCGCUUAACAAACACCAGCGAACUCACACAGGAGAGAAGCCUUUCUCGUGUUCUGAAUGUGGGAAAUGUUUAAGCAGUAAAUCACGUCUUGUUGAACACCAGAGAAUUCACACAGGAGAGAAACCGUUCUCAUGUUCUGAAUGUGGGAAAUGUUUUAGCAGUAAAUCAUGUCUUGUUGUACACCAGAGAAUUCACACAGGAGAGAAACCGUUCUCAUGUUCUGAAUGUGGGAAAUGUUUUAGCAGUAAAUCACAUCUUGUUGAACACCACAGAAUUCACACAGGAGAGAAACCGUUCUCAUGUUCAGAAUGUGGGAAAUGUUUAAGCAGUAAAUCAAGUCUUGUUGAACACCAGAGAAUUCACACAGGAGAGAAACCUUUCUCGUGUUCAGAAUGUGGGAAAUGUUUUGUUAGUAAAUCAGAUCUUAACAAACACCAGAGAACUCACACAGGAGAGGAGAAACCUUUCUCAUGUUCUGAAUGUGGGAAAUGUUUUAGCACUAAAUCAUGUCUUGUUGAACACCAGAGAACACACACAGGAGAGAAACCGUUCUCAUGUACGGAAUGUGGAAAAUGUUUUAACCGUAAAUCACAUCUUGUUGAACACCAGAGAACACACACAGGAGAGAAACCGUUUUUAUGUAUGGAAUGCGGAAAAUCUUUUAGCCAUAAAUCAAUACUUGUAAGCCACAACAGAACUCACACAGGAGAGAAACCGUUCUCAUGUUCUGAAUGUGGGAAAUGUUUUAGCAGUAAACCAAGUCUUGUUGAACACCAGAGAAUUCAUACAGGAGAGUAACCUUUCUCAUGUUCAGAAUAUGGGAAAUGUUUUAGCCUGCAUUCGUGUCUUGUUGAUCACCAGAGAACUCACACAGAAGAGAAACCGUUCUCAUGUACGGAAUGUGGAAAAUAUUUUAUCCGUAAUUCACAUCUUGUAAGACACAACAGAACUCACACAAGAGAGAAACCUUUCUCAUGUUCAGAAUGUGGGAAAUGUUUUGGUUUUAAAUCAGAUCUUGUUGCUCACAAGAGAGCUCACACAGGUUUAUUGUCACGUUAACCACCAUUGUGCCCUUAUUGCUUUUAAUAGAUUGAAGAAAUACAAACAUAAAAAAAACACUUUUAAACUAACUUCUCAUUUUUAAAGGGAAUUUGUUUCUUGGAAUGAACAGAACAGAUCUAUUUAGCAGUUUUUUCAUUCACUUUUGUCGAUGAGUAAAAGAUUUUUCAAGUGAAAAUAAAAAACAUGUAUUUUUUUCAAUUUUUUUAUCAUAUUUUUUUUUAAAUUAAAUUACAUGAGAUUAAAUAAAUAAUGCUAUAUAAAGAAAGCCCAUUUUGUCCUAAAAAAAAACAAAAAACAAUAUAUAAUUUGUAUGGGAACAUUAAAUGAGAGAGAGGAAAAUUACAACUAAACACAAACACCACAAAAGUAUAAAAAGAGGCCUGGUCGCAAAUGUACAACAUUGCAAAAACAGUCUGGUACUUAAGGGGUUAAAUAAAGAAUUUUAAUAAAAAUUGUUUGUCAUAUAAGUAAUAACUAUAAGAAAUAACAAGUCAUGGCUCUAUCUAUUUGUCAAGUUUUAGUCUAAAUAAUAACAAAUCAUGUCAUAAAAAAUGUUAAUAUUUUAGAUGCACCACUAGUAUUCAUAAAAAGGAGAGUUAAGGUGGAUUUAACCUAUUCCCUUGCCCAGGAUGUAGACCAGCAGCUAUCAUUUUCUACAUGGGCUGGGGUCAUUUUCGAGUUAUACUGUAUGUUUGUAUUGUACUGUAAUUCAAUGUUACUGCUAAAAUUUGUUAUAGUUUGUUACUAUAUUUUCUUUUGUAGUAAAUUGAUGUUUAAUAUUAAACAUUUUUUUGUAUAUUGUAUGGACAUACUUGACCAUAAUAUCAAGUGUUACAGUUGCCUCCAGGCUGGCUGGAGGUUGGACCAUAGAAAGGAUGCUCCUAGUGCUCACCAAAGGACCAUUAGCACCAUAAAUACCAUAACUACUGCGUAGACACCAUAAGUAUUGCAGACUCCACGAACCGCUGCUGCUGGGCUAGGAUCUCACCGUCUGCUAUUCAACCUGGACCUACGACCAGGUUCCAGUAGGUGAACCGCUUCCUUCUGUAGAGCAAAGCUGAAUCGGGAACAAGAGCUCAGUAGCUAAGGGAGUAUGAAGAGCACAGCAAUCAAGAUAUCAGUGCUUAGUAUAUAUUCCCUUAUAGUCCAAAAGAGGGAAACCGCUUAAACUGCAGCAUUAUUACAAUAAAUGUUAGAGUUCUAAUGUCAAUUAAUGGAAGGAUAUGUCCACAUAUAAUCUGGAAUUUUAACUGUUUGCCAAAUCUUGUAGUUGAAGUCUGUGUCCUUCAGUGUAACUUUAUGUCCCACUUUAAAUCAAAAAGACACUGACAUAGCGUAAUACUUUUAGAAAAUGUAUUCCUUUUUGAUACAUAAAAAAACCCCAUAAGAGAAACCCUUACAUGAUCUUGUGGUGGAAAGCAUGAGUGUUACAAUGUACAAGCCAGAGUUGAUGUUGUUACCACUCCAUUGAUAGUUGCCUGCACACUGGUCCUGUGCACUCGGACCGAUGUCUACCCUGGAGCGCCGGCUGUCAUGUACUGCUGUACUUGCCUUCACAAAUUCAAAUACAGAAAUCCCGCCAAACAUGAUCUACGCGUUUUGCCCGUUAGAUCGGGCUUUUUCAAUCUAAUUAUAUUUCUCAGGUGUAUAACAUAUUCUUAAUUGUCUACUCAUAUGAGAC